AUGGUGUACCUCGUCGUGUGGGUGCUCAUCAUACUGUUUUCAGCCGGGCCUAGUAUUGUCAGUGCAAAGUUGUACCAGCCUAAAGUCACAGCUGUGGGGCACACCAUGAUUUCUCUCAUGCAUGUUGGUGCUCUCGUGGCCCCCAGUGUAUGGCGUCGAAAGCCAGCCACCUCAUUAUCGAAGCCUCUGCCUCGAGCUGUGACAGUGCGCAAACUCAGUUCCAAAACGCAAUCCAGAAUCAUUGUGCGUCGGCUUUCCAAGCGCGCUGCUACAGAGUGGUUUGACCACGUGUUCAUCGUGUUCAACUUCAUCGUGAUCCUUUGUCAAGGCAGACAAGCGUAUGAAAUGCUGAGCACGAUGGUCGACCCAACCAAGGUAGUGUCGUACGCUGUGAUUGUGCUCUUGUACUCCGUCUUGUCGCCCUGCCUCAUCUUCAUCAACAACAUCCAAACCAAAUACAUGCUGGUGUGUUAUGCUGACGCGUUGUUCAGUUUCACGCUGUCGUGUGGUCAUCCCAUGUUUUCCGUGGCGAUACAAGCGUUGGAACUCAUAGUAGUCAACCCAAACUUGGUCCGCGACAAUCGGUGGGCGACCGAGACGCUGCUGUUUGCCAGACUCUUCGGGAUCACAGGCCCUGUGGACUUUUUCGUCAAGCAUGUCAUGCACCUGUCGACAUACUAUACCAUCUGCCGGCUCGCAAACACUGCCCACUCGGCAGAUUCCAACAAGGAUCAAUCGUCGGUUUUGCAGCGAAACCAACAGAAUCGUGUCAUGCGACGGUUGAACUUGGCUGUGAGCAGUGGAUUGGGGGUCGUGUGUGCUAUCUUGCUGGGACGGUGCUUGUUGUAUCGAGAGCCAUGUCCGUCGUACUGUGUGUCGAACAUGCAGCCGUUGGUGGACCUCGGGUGUCACUGCGCCUACGCCAACAUCAACUGCCACACCCUUGGCAUUGAUGACCCCACCCCCCUCUUGGAUCCGUCAGUCAUUGGUACGAGGUUGGUCUUCGUGCAAUUCUCGAGGUGCGAUUUGGAAAAUGGCCUUAACGCCUCUUCGAUGGCGCGAUUUGGCCAACUCAGUAAGCUGGUCAUUCAAUUUUCCAACAUGUCGGCGUGGCCUGGUCCUAUUCCGCCCUCAUUAAACAGCAUCAUGGUGCGGUACAGUAGGUUGAAAUCAAUUCCGCCAGCACUCAUGGAAGACAUACCCGCCGACCUCGUGAUUCUCUUUAUUGAUGCUGCGCCAUUGAAAACCAUUCCCGACAACGUUUUCAAAGCUUGGAGUUCUGUGCAGCGGCUGCAGUUGUCGAAUCUAAGUCUCGCAGCCAUCCCCACUGGGAUGCUGGGUCUUCCACACCUUUCGGAACUCAACAUUCGGGGCAACAAGAUCACGACGGCGUUUCCAGAAUCCGCAUGGGUGUCAACGCUCAAGAUUGCUGGCUUGGCUGGGAAUGGGUUUAAGUAUGUGCCAUGGACUGCUGCCAAACGUGGAGUGAAAAUCGAUUUGAGCGGCAAUCCCAUCCAAGGUGCCACUGCCUUGGAGGCUACCCAACUCAAACUGGUGCAACAGCGAAGUGUCAUUUUGGACGACACACCGUACUGCAAUGUCAGUCAAGACACCACGUGCAAACACAUGUGUGGCCCAGACUGCUUUAUGUAUAUGAUGGGAGAUUUCAUCUGCGACUUGGCAUGCUUUACAUCUGUGUGUGGGUUCGACAAGGGCGACUGCGACGGGUUGGGGUUCUCGUGA